UUCCUUAGUAAUACCGUAGUUUGAACAAUCGCCUUUUUGCCUCGGCCGUGACUGUUAACCCGACAUUAAACGGCAUCAUUGGCGAAACCGUUGUCCGAUAUACUACAACGACGAACCGACUGUAUGCUCCAUGAACAAUACGAAGGCUAACUUGAAAAAUGCUCGAGAAGCACUUGGUUCAAAGAAAUAUGAAGAUGCCAUAAAGUUUUGCAAGCGAGUAUUGGAUUGGGAAUCUCAAAAUUACAACGCCUACGUCUUCCUUGGAGUUGCUCAUAAUGGUUUAGACCAAGUGGAAGAUGCUGAGAAUGCCUACCAAAAGGCGAUCGAGAUCAAUCCAGAGCAGAUGCUGGCGUGGCAGGGUCUAGUCAGUUUUUACGAGAAACGUGAACAGUGGUCGAAACUAGCCAUCACCUUGGAGAAAUUAAUCGACACAUAUCUGUUAGCUGGAGAUGGCGUUCGACUUUACGAAAGCAUUCAGAAGCUUGUCGAUAUAUACCAGAACAAAGACGCCGAUGAGACGAAGUUUGUAAAAGCGCUCUAUUACUAUUUACCUGGAAGCAAAUACUAUGAUUUAUUGACAUCAGCGGGCUCGUUACCAAAAGCCAGUACUAUCUGGUUGCAAAUCCUCGAUCUCAAAAGCCGUCAAGAAGAGCAACAUAUUGAGAAAGAGAUCAAGGCACGACGCAUGCGAAUUAACGCUGGCCCGCCAGCCAAAUUACGAGCUCAAGUGGAAGCUGAGAUCACGGCCAAAUCAGAUUUGGGCAACAUAUUUGAAACGGUCCUCCAAGACGCAGAAUCCGAUGCCAGUGCCGAUGUCACUGCUAUCCAGACAAAAUACUUUUUGUUCUUGAGAAAACGCAUUGUGUCUGAGAAAGAUAAGAGCAAGACCUAUCUCAAGCUCUGUAAAUUGGCAGAACAUUUGUGCGAUCACAAUGUCGAUGUCCAGGAGCCUUAUGAGUUUCUGAUUGAGAGUAGUAACGUCGAAAGUUAUGAUCUCUAUGAUCAGACCUUUUGUGAACAAUACACGGCCAAGUUUCCUGAUACUGGAUUGUCUAAGCUUAUUCAAGGUCAAAAUUUGUAUAAAGCUGGUGAUGGUGACUCUGCGUUUGACUUUUUCUCGGACGGUAUUGAGCUGGCGCCAGAGAGCUUAUUCGGCUACCAGUGCUUGAGUUGGUUGUACUGCGACUCUAAAGAAUACGAAACAGGACUUGAGUAUUCCACCAAAGGCAGGGAUCUCGUCCUUCAAGAUGCAAAGAAUUAUGGCCGCUUAUUGGAUAGAGUACUUCUCUCUAUGGAGCUAUGUAUGGCUACAUGCUAUCGCAAAAUAGACCCCAAAUAUUUCCCUGACGCCAUGUCACUGUACAAAAAAAUAAUUGAAAAGUUCCCAGAGAAUAUUGCGGCUAAGAACGGCUAUGGAUUGAUACUGUCUUCUUUGAAUCGCCAACAAGAUGCACUUGAUCAAUUCCAAUCUAUUUUGGAACUUGAUGCAACACAGCACUCGGCUAAAGUUGAGAUUGGAUGGAUAUAUUGUCAGCAGGGCAAAUUUGAUGAAGCACUGUCACUGGUUGAAGAGGCUAUUGAAACGUCGGAUGAAGAAAACCCAGAAUACUUUUACCGAUUGGGCAGAAUAUACUGGGAGAUGGGUGACGAGUAUCGAAAUGACAAAGAAGGUGCCUAUAAGUGCUUUAUUCGAUCUGUCAAAAUCGAUCCUCACUUCGGUCCUGCUUUCACCUACCUCGGACACUUUUAUCGAUUGGUCAGCAAGGAUCAUGCAAAGGCUAUGAAGUGUUAUCAAAAGGCUCUCAUGCUGGAUCCUGCUGACUUAGACGCUGCUCUUCACCUUGUAGACUACCAUAUUGCCGAUAAAGAACUCGAUCAAGCCGAAGUCAUUCUAACAGACAUUACAAAUUUACGAACGAGAGCAGGCUGGCCAUGGCGACGACUUGGAUUUUUACGUAUGAAGAAAAACGAUUGUCUCAACGCCAUUCCUAGUUUUCAAAGCGCUCUACGUGCUGAUGCCAAUGACGUUCUUAGUUGGGAAGGUUUGGCUGAAUCUUACCUAAAAGAAGGACGGUAUACAGCUGCUAUGAAAGCGUUUGUCCGAGCCAGGGAACUUGCUCCCAGCAAUGUAUAUACAAGCUAUCAAGUUGCUGUAGUCAAGCAAAAACUCGGACUUCUGGAGGAGGCCAUUGUACAAUAUUCCGAUACUCUUGCCCUCGCAGAAGAACAGCAACAGCCAGUCUAUAUACCAGCUUUGAAGGGACUUGCAGAUGCACACGUACUUCAAGGGAGGGAGAAUUUUCAGCAAGGCUUUUAUGGACGCGCUGCAGAUUCAUACAAUGCUGCACUCAACGCCUGUUUACGGGGUCUGGAAAUUCAUCCGAUGGAAUCCUUUUGGCAGCUUGUGGGCUGUACCUUCACACAAUAUAGAACGGUCAUGAGCUACUCACAUUUAUUUGCCUUUGAGGAUUUGCAACAUAUCAUGCGCCUUCUUUCACCUACUCCUAACGAACUUCUAAAGCUACCAGAAGACACAAGCUCUGAUCUCGUGGCUGAAUUUUUGUCGUUGCAAAUCGAUCCCGACUUCACAUUACCACGCAAAGAGUGCCUAGAUGUACUUUUGUCGUGUGCCACUUUUGCAUAUAAGCAGGCAAUUUAUCUGGCAAGCAAGGCAGGAUCCGUCUCCCCGUCUUACUGGCAUGACCUAGGACUGACAUAUCAUUGGCUAGCUGAGAACAACCUCAACGACAUCGUUUACAAAGACCACAUGAAACUGUCCCUUCAGUGUAUAAAGGUGGCCCUUAAACAUGACCAAGAAAAUUUCACUUUUUGGAACUCUUUGGGAGUUAUUGCAUUGAAUAACGAUGUGAAGAUAAGCCAACAUGCUUUUAUCAAAUCCAUGGAAUAUAACUCAAGGAGUGCUAUCCCUUGGAGUAAUUACGGGUACCUCUGCCUCCUACAAAAUGAUCUCGAGCUUGCAUCAGCCGCAUUCGAUGCUGCUCAGGCGGUAGACCCCGAAUGGAUUUCAUCUUGGAUUGGACAGGCAUACGUGGCGAAUAUUUGGGGAAACUCUUCUUCAACGUUGUUUGAGCACGCAUUUGACACCAGCAAUGGAACGAUUCUUGAUGCAAAUUACGGAUACGCAAGCUCUGUACUUUCGCAAGUAUCACUUCAUCCACACUCUUCGGACGCUUCGCUACUGGUGUCACCGGCCUUUGCUUUGCAAAAGCUUACUGAACAAAACCCAGACAAUCCUGCCGCUCUCAAUGUGUAUGGUCUUAUUUUGGAGCGACUUCAGCAGUUUGGACAAGCUGCAGAGGCAUAUGCUGGAUCUAUCCUUGCGCUUGAAGAAUGCAUGGAGCGCGACCAAGAGCAGGCUGUCCUUUGUCAAGAGCGAAUUUCUAAGGUCCAUGCUAACCUUGCUCGAGUUCUGUGUGCUAACGGCGAUUUCGAAGGCGCAAUCUCAAGCUACACCAUUGCUAUUGAUUCGCUACAGGAUGAUGGUGCCAAAUUAUAUUGCGAACUCGGAGCUGGAAUUUCUUAUUACUUCAAUAACCAGUUAGAGGAAGCGCUGACUAUGUUCGAACAAGCUUUGACCAACGCCGAUACACAGAGUGCUGAGAUGCGACAGAACGUAUCGGUCCUAUUAAGUCAAGUUCUUUGGGCUCUGGGAGGAGAAGAGCAACGAGAUCUUGCCCAACAGGAACUCUUCAAAUGUAUCGGAGACAACCCAUACCAUUUGGCGUCAAUAUUUGGUCUGUGCGCCAUGGGAUUGAUCCAGGACAACGACACCUUGACGGAGGCCGCUGUCCAAGAGAUGAUGAAGAUACCGUUUGGUAAAGCAGGCUUCAUAGAUAAUGAAAACAACGGUGGAUGGCUAUUGAGUAAAUAUCAUGAAUUAAAAGGAUCGACGGAAGGUGCGAUUCAAGCUCUUGCCAAGUUGGUCCAUCAAACGCCAGCAAAUGCGUCAUUGUGGACAGCCAUGGCCGAUCAGAUGAUAGGGAAACGUCACAGCAACGCUCCAUAUUUGAGCAGCACCAUUGCUGUAUCCAACACCAGCCUAUCUAUGCUAGCCGCAUCAAGCAGUGCAACGGCGCAAGAAAAAUCUCUUGCUUACUAUGACUUUGCGCGAGCGUUGAUUCAACAACGAGAGCAUAACAAAAUCCGAAAACGUAAAGCGAAAGAAGCUCCUCCGCCGGAUCGGCGACAUGAUAUCAUCACCGCAGCUCAGCGCGCUGUGUUCCUAGCGCCAUGGGAUACGAAGGCUUGGACUUUAUUAGGCAUUGCCAAGUCAUGUAUGAGCGAACCGAUAGAAACAUAGAAAUGGUGUACAAAGUCUCCCAAUUAAAGAAUUAUCGAUGAUGACCUCAUUACCACCUACCCUAAAAUAAUU